AUGUCGGCCCCGAGGUCUCCCUACCGCCAAACCUACCGCGAGUCCGUAUCGAGACGACGAGAAUCAAAUCACCCCAUCAUUCCUGAAAAGGCACGAACAUCGGCAAUCUCGGGCAACGAGUCUCUGCCAGUCUACAACAAUGCCCCUCAACAUCGUCGUCCUCCGCCAGGCAAGAAAGUCCGGGUCAGGCCUUCGGGCGAAAGCGGCCGCAGCGGCUUUCACCCGUUCAAGUUUUUGAAGAUUACCUGGAAAUCAUCAAGUAGAGCUUCCCUGGUCUGCAACUUCUUCUGGCCGGUUGUGCCAGCUGCUUUUGCUGUUAGAUAUGCUCUUCCGAAUGAGCACGUAUUGAUCUUUGUUCUGGUUUACAUCGCCAUGGUGCCGUGCGCCAACCUGGUUGGUUUCGCAGGUCAAGAGCUUUCUCGGAAAGUCAGCCACGUCUUUGGAGUUCUGAUGGAGACAACUUUGGGGUCGGUGGUCGAACUCAUCCUCUUCAUGGUUCUUCUAAAGGACUCCCAAUUCGUGGUUAUCCAAGCCGCCAUCUUAGGAUCCAUCUUGGCGACCAUGCUGUUGUGUUUGGGAAUGUGCUUCAUCGCUGGCGGUCUGCGACGCGAGGAGACGGAGUUCAGCGACACCAUAACCGAGGCAGGUAGUGGCCUGCUGCUAACUGCUGGUGUAGCCCUUGCUAUACCUACGAUCUUCGACCGCUCGCUGCAAUCUAUUCUUCCCGUCGAAGAAAUCGACAAGAAAACCCUCCACAUCUCCCGUAUUGUUGCCCUGCUGCUCAUCAUCUCCUACCUGGUCUACGUCUACUUUCAAGCCCGCACCCACCACGGAAUCUACGACGCUGUCUUUGAGCAAGACGAACAUCGAGACAACGACAAGCACCGGGAUAUCAGAAAGGCCAAGCUCACUCUCACCGAGUGUAUCGUUGCCCUCGUCUUCUCCGUCACGCUGGUGACCUUCAUGGCCAUCUUUCUGGUGGAGCAAAUAGCCCCCAUCGUAGAGGAGCACAGCAUCUCCGACCCCUUCAUGGGUCUCAUCCUCGUGCCCUUGGUCGAGAAGGCGGCCGAGCAUCUGACGGCUGUCGACGAGGCCUGGGACAACCAGAUGAACUUCGCCCUCUCCCACGUCCUCGGCGCCACGUUGCAGACGGCUCUACUCAACGCCCCUCUCGUGGUCAUUGUGGCUUGGGGACGACACAAGCACUUCGAUCUCGUCUUUGAAGUGUUUGACAUUUCGAUGCUCAUUCUCGCCAUCAUCACCGUCGGCAACUUCCUGCGAGAUCAGAAGAGCAACUACCUCGAGGGCUUCUUGUGUGUGAUUGUGUAUCUCGCCAUCGCGGUGGCGGCCUUCUACUACCCCAACCCUCCCGGUCACGGUGCCGGCGCAACUCGUGCCGGCACGGAGGGUGAAGUACACUGA